AUGGUUAAGGACAUGAGGAGUAGGAUGAGUUUGUUCGUUGUUAGCUUGGGUCAUGGUUCAAUCCAAGAGGGUCGGGCUGCAAUGCUUAUGGGAGACAUAGACAUUUCGAUGUUGAUGGUUUAUGUACAACAUGUACAGGAGGAAAAGUUGAGGGACAGAGAAGAGUACAAAAACAAGAAAGCCAAGCUAAGCCUGCGCCAUCAUCGGCUAGUGCGCCUGCGCCUAGAGACAGAGUCUUCAUCAGUUGGUCCACCAGACAGGGCUGCACCCAAGGGAACUACUUCUGGUGCUGUCGGAGGAAGAACCCGCUUGUAUGCUCUCAACAAUCGCCAAGAACAUGAGAAUUUGCCAGACGUUGUCACUGGUAUGAUUCGAGUCUUUGACCUUAUUGUUUAUGCAUUAUUAGACCCAGGAGUGAGUUUAUCAUUUGUAACUCCCUAUGUUGCCAUGAACUUUGAAAUUAUUCCUGAGCAACUUAGUUAA